ACUAGGCUAUAUAGAGUAGUGGUAGGUUGCCAUGGCUUCGCCGGCGUCGGGUGCUGCCGGCGCUGGUGACGACGACAAUGCUGGCAGACGGCCGAGCAGCAGCCUGAUCGACCCGCUGCUGGUGAGCCGCACGAGCAGCAUCGGCGGCGCGGAGAGGAACGCGGCCAAGGGGAAGCACUGGGCGGCCGCCGACAAGGCGGAGAGGCGCGCGGCGAAGGAGAGCGGCGGCGAGGAUGGCCGGCCGCUGCUGUUCCGGUCGUAUAAGGUCAAGGGCGCCCUCCUGCACCCCUACAGGGCUUUGAUCUUUGCACGCCUGAUUGCUGUCCUCCUGUUCUUCGUAUGGCGGAUCCGGCACAACAACUCCGACAUAAUGUGGUUCUGGACGCUGUCCGUCGUCGGCGACGUCUGGUUUGGUUUCUCGUGGCUACUCAACCAGCUCCCAAAGUUCAACCCCGUCAAAACCAUACCCGACCUCGCCGCCCUAAGGCGGCACUGCGACCUCCCCGACGGGGGCUCCCGGCUCCCCGGCGUCGAUGCCUUCGUCACCACCGCCGACCCCGUCGACGAGCCGGUGCUGUACACCAUGAACUGCGUCCUGUCGAUUCUCGCGGCGGACUACCCCGUCGAUAGGUCUGCCUGCUACCUGUCCGACGACAGCGGAGCACUGAUCCUAUAUGAAGCAUUGGUUGAGACAGCCAAGUUUGCAACUUUGUGGGUUCCGUUUUGCCGGAAGCACUGCGUUGAGCCGAGAGCCCCAGAGAGCUACUUUGAACUCGAGGCGCCGCCGUCGUACGCUGGAAGUGCACCGGAGGAGUUCAAGAACGACUCCAGGGUUGUGCAACUCGAGUACGAUGAGUUCAAGCUGCGGCUGGAAGCGCUUCCUGAUACUAUUCGUAAACGAUCAGAUGUUUACAAUAGCAUGAAGACUGAUCAAGGGGCACCGAAUGCUACCUGGAUGGCUAAUGGGACGCAAUGGCCGGGCACGUGGAUUGAUCCAGUAGAAAAUCACAGAAAAGGACACCAUGCUGGAAUUGUUAAGGUUGUGUUGGACCAUCCAAUCCGUGGGCACAAUCUCAGCCUAAAGGAUAGCACUGGCUACAGUCUCAACUUUGGUGUCAUCGACGUGCGUAUUCCAAUGCUCGUCUAUGUGUCUCGUGAGAAGAACCCAAGCUAUGACCACAAUAAGAAGGCCGGUGCCUUGAAUGCACAACUUCGUGCAUCUGCUCUGCUCUCUAAUGCACAAUUCAUCAUCAACUUUGAUUGUGACCACUACAUCAACAAUUCUCAAGCCCUACGUGCAGCGAUCUGCUUCAUGAUUGACCAACGAGAAGGUGACAAUACUGCCUUUGUUCAGUUUCCACAACGAUUUGACAAUGUUGACCCCAAAGACCGGUAUGGCAAUCACAAUCGUGUAUUCUUUGAUGGCACAAUGCUUGCCUUAAAUGGUCUCCAAGGGCCCUCCUACCUUGGUACCGGUUGCAUGUUCCGUCGCUUAGCUCUCUAUGGUAUUGACCCUCCUCAUUGGAGACAAGAUAGCAUCACACCUAAAGCUAGCCAGUUUGGAGACUCCACACUCUUAUUAGAGUCGGUAUCAGAAGCGCUAAACCAAGAAAGAUGUACUUCACCACCAUCACUCAAUGACACUUAUGUUGCUGAGAUGGAGAAGGUCGUGUCAGCUUCAUUUGACAAAAAGACUGAUUGGGGCAAGGGUGUCGGAUACAUAUACGACAUAGCCACAGAAGAUAUAGUGACAGGCUUUCGCAUCCACGGGCAAGGUUGGCGCUCCAUGUAUUGUACCUUGAAGCACGAUGCAUUUUGUGGUACUGCACCUAUCAACCUAACAGAGCGUCUUCACCAAAUUGUGCGUUGGUCUGGUGGAUCCUUGGAGAUGUUCUUCUCCCAUAAUAAUCCACUUAUUGGAGGACGCCGGCUCCAACUCCUCCAGCGAGUCUCAUAUCUUAACAUGACAAUCUACCCGGUGACAUCUCUCUUCAUUUUACUCUAUGCUAUUAGUCCAGUGAUGUGGCUUAUCCCUGAUGAAGUAUAUAUUCAGAGACCAUUCACUAGGUACGUGUUGUACCUUGUUGUGAUCAUUUUGAUGAUUCAUAUGAUUGGAUGGCUUGAGAUAAAGUGGGCAGGGAUCACAUGGCUGGAUUAUUGGCGCAAUGAGCAAUUCUUUAUGAUUGGCUCAACGAGUGCAUACCCAACGGCUGUGCUUCACAUGGUGGUCAACCUUCUUACAAAGAAGGGUAUACAUUUUAGAGUUACUUCAAAGCAAACAACAGCUGACACCAAUGAUAAAUUCGCUGACUUAUAUGAAAUGAGAUGGGUGCCCAUGUUAAUCCCAACCAUGGUAGUUUUAGUUGCUAACAUUGGCGCAAUUGGCGUAGCCAUUGGAAAAACGGUGGUAUAUAUGGGAGUAUGGACGAUACAGCAGAAGAGACAUGCGGCAAUGGGUCUACUAUUUAACAUGUGGGUUAUGUUCCUCCUUUACCCAUUUGCACUAGCAAUCAUGGGACGAUGGGCAAAGAGACCAAUCAUCCUUCUUGUCUUGUUGCCAGUUAUCUUUGUAAUUGUUGCCCUUGUAUAUGUCGCCACCCAUAUAUUGUUAGCAAAUAUCAUUCCAUUUUAGGUACAUAAAGAAAAAUAUUGUAGUGUUCACAUUUUGUAA